GCUGGCUGACCUGGCCCCGAGACCUGCUGGGCGAAGAGUUCCAGCUCCAACGCAGGGGUGGACGGGAGAGACGCGUCCAGCACGACACGCGCCAUGCGGGGGCGACAUCAAUUAAGCGCCCAGCGAGAGGCCGACGCAGCCCAAUCAUUCCAUCGAUUAUUCAUCGAUGCUGGGCCCGACCCCUCUUCCGCCCUCGCCAAACCGUUAUUGGCGUCUGCUGUGCAGCAUCAGCCAUCAGCAUCAGCACCAGCACCACCAGCACGAGCACCAGCAUCAGCAUCCGCAUCCGCAUCAGCAUCAGCUUCGGCAUCAGCACCAGCUUCGGCAUCAGCAUCCUCACCCCCCAGCAUCCUGGCCCGGCAGCCCUCCUCGCUCUUUUGCGCGAUCAUGUCCGUGGAGGAGAGAGAGAGAGAGGGUGCUGUGCCGUUCUGCUGUCCUGCUGUCCUGCUGCUGCUGUCCUGCCCCGCCAGGAUAGGCCGAUGCCAAGCCGUGUUUGCUCGCCCGGAAGGCACUUCUGCCGCAGUGCGGGUGCGAUUCGCUACGAGGGCGGCGACCGCAGGCCGCCUUGCAGAGCGGACGCCCACCCCCCCCCCUCUCGACGAUUCGCUGCCACGAAGCCCUUUCCUGCACCCAGCAGCACCGAGCAGUAUCGUGUCGAAUCCAACACCUUCGCGCGGGAAGCCUGCAGCUCACAUGAUCAUUUUCCGCACCGAGAACUCGGAACGCUACUGAGCACGCUACCAACCUCCGUCGCCCUUGAUUCGUGCAGUGCUGCUGUAGGAGGCCGUUUUGAAUGCAGAGCAAACGCAUCUCGGCGAAUGACCAAGGCACUGCAGCCUGUCCUCACACAUCGGCCAGAGAGUGCCAUUCCAGUUCUUGCCGGAUGCAUAAACACGUCAGAAUGCGUGACCCUUAUUUACCCAUGUGUGCUGGCACUUCUCGAGCCUCCGCG